AACGGUAACCAUACAAAGCUCAUAACUAACUUUUACCUUUUUUAGCGCCAAAAACAAUGAAAAUCACACACACUAAUAUACUACACUAAACACCUCCACAAAACACACACUACACAAUGUUGAUGUUCUCCAUCACACCUUCUAUCACAACACACAAUCCCUCACUUCAUUUUCACACAAGCCACAGAAAUUGCUUCCUACUGAACCCGAAGAAAUUGUUUUCUAUUCGAUCUUUAAGUUCAAGUUUGCAGGUACCAAUCAAUGAAGAAAAUGAGGAGAACUUAAGUCCAGAGCUGCGGUAUUCUAGGCCUUUUCCUGCGGUUAAGUCUGCGAAAAGAGUAGUGCUGGUGAGGCAUGGACAGAGCACGUGGAACGCGGAAGGAAGGAUUCAAGGAAGCUCUAAUUUCUCGGUGCUUACUCAGAAAGGUGAGGCACAGGCUGAGACUUCUCGUCAGAUGCUCGUUGAUGAUUCGUUUGAUAUUUGUUUUGCGAGUCCACUAAAUAGAUCAAAGAGAACUGCUGAAAUCAUAUGGGGUACCCGCAAGGAGGAGAUACUAACUGAUUUGGAUCUGAGAGAGAUUGACCUGUACUCAUUUCAAGGUCUCCUAAAACAUGAGGGAAAAGAAAAGUUUGGUGAGGCCUAUCAAGAGUGGCAAAAAGAUCCAGCUAAUUUCUGUAUAGAUGGCAACUAUCCAGUUAGGCAACUAUGGGAGCGCGCAAGAAACUGUUGGGAUAAAAUCUUACUCCACGAUAGCAGAUCUGUUCUUGUGGUUGCUCACAAUGCUGUUAACCAGGCUCUUAUUGCUACAGCAAUGGGAUUAGGAACUGAGUACUUCAGGGUUUUACUUCAGAGUAACUGCGGUGUAAGUGUGCUGGAUUUCACCCCACGACUUGAUGAUUUGCCUCCUUAUGUAUGUCUGAAUCGUUUGAAUCAGACCCCGGGGUCACCUGUUGCUGGUGGAGAUUCUGGAGGUAGAAAAGCAAGUAAACAGAUCAUACUUGUCUGUCAUGCAUCCUCACAAAGUAAAUUCAAGGCCAGUGUUCCUUUGGUGGAAGACUCACCCAUGGACAUGCUAGGGAUUAUACAGUCCCAGAAAACGGCAGAGCUUCUUCUUGAUCUAAGGGUAAAAACAGUGGUUAGCAGCCGUAACCUGGCCUCAAUUGCAACAGCCAAUACCAUUGCUCAAGUUCAAGAAGCUGCUGAAUGCUUGGGUGCUAACUGUGUGCCACGCUUGGUGGAAAAAAAGCAAAUGCAAAACCUUGGGGUGGAUAAUAUUCUACAACUAUCACAAAAGGGCGUGAAUGACGCUCCACAUUCCCCUGGUUGGUUAAAAAUACUAGAUGAUGAAGUUAUAACAGCACUGUGGGAUCAGUCUAAGAAUGCCUGGGAGUCUCUGUUGGAUGAAUUAUCAAAUCAGCCUGAGAAUGAAGAAAUAAUUGUGGCAGUUGCUGAUUCAUCAGCUAAUGUGGCACUUUUAUGCCAUUGCCUAAAUGUGACUAAAGAAUGGAUAGGUUCAUUUCAUCUGGAUGCUGGUAGCAUCAGUGUCAUUGACUUCCCUGAUGGACCUGCUGGAAGAGGUGUCAUCCGAUGCAUAAACUAUACUGCACAUUUAGGAAGGUGGUCGAUACCCAUUACAACAUCAACUAGAUGAAGAAUUCUGACCAUAUUUAUAUGAAACAACACGAACCAUGUAACAACAGCCGUCCAUUAGGAAACAAUCUACUGAGAAACUAAAGUCUGCUCUAUUUACAUUGAGAUGAAAGACAUGCGAAAAUCAAGCUUUGCUAUUAACUCCUGAUUCUAUAAAAUUUUGUAGAACGCAGGGAACAUAAUUUAUAAUUUUCUUCAAA